AAGAUUGUUAACAGCGUGUGAGCUGCCAGUGCCGGUCUUUGCCCUGUGCAGCCAGUCAUUCUGAUUCAUUCUGACCUACAGGUCGCUAUAGGGCACCAUUGUCAGUAUGUGUCAGCAUGGCACGCUGUGUGUUUUUAAGUAUUUAAGCCACUGCCAGCUCUGUAAUGCAGUUUAAACUCAGGAUACAUAAGGAAAGAUGAGUAGAACUAGUGAGGGACAGGACAGCAAGGGCUGUUCUUUAACUCUGGUGCUGACUGUGUGCUCUGCUGCUAUUGGAGGGACUCUUCAGUAUGGCUACAACCUCGCCAUCAUCAAUGCUCCCACUACCUACAUCCAGAAGUUCAUCAAUGACACCUGUGUUGAAAGGUGGGGUACAGCUCUGGAGGCCAACCAGAUCAUCCUGAUAUGGACCUUCAUCGUUUCUGCGUUCUCGCUUGGUGGACUGUUGGGAUCGCUGCUGGCCGGGCCAAUGGCUAUUAGAUUUGGAAGGAAGCAGACCCUGCUGAUGAAUAACUGCUUCCUUUUGAUUAGCGCAUCCAUGGCCUUAAGCAGUCGCUCAGCAAAGUCAUUUGAAAUGUUGAUCCCUGCUCGUCUGCUUGUUGGAGUUAAUGCAGGGAUUAGCAUGAAUGUUCAGCCUAUGUAUUUUGGGGAGAGCGCUCCCAAGGCCUUAAGAGGUGCUGUGGCCUUUUCCUCUGCUGUUUUCACUGCGAUGGGCAUCUUCCUGGGUCAGGUUACUGGCUUGACAGAGCUUCUAGGAAGUGAGGCCCUCUGGCCCUAUCUUCUAGCCAGCAAUGCUGUUCCUGGGAUGCUUCAACUGCUCACUCUGCCUUGGUUUCCAGAAAGCCCCCGAUACCUGCUUAUCGACAGGGGGGACAGGGAGGCCUGUAGCCACGCUCUUACUCGCCUGCGAGGCUGUACUGUUUCUGAUGCUGAGAUGGAAGAGAUCCUGGAGGAGCAGAAAGCAGCUGGACAGGCUCGUGCCAAGACGCUCUGGGAACUGUUGACUGACCGAAGCCUUCGGCGACAGCUGUGCAUUGUAAUGACGGCCAGUUCUGCCAUGAUGCUCUGUGGGAAUGAUUCCAUCUACUUCUACGCUUCUUACAUCUUUCAGCAGGCAGGGAUCCCAAUGAACAAGAUCCAGUAUGCUACUAUCGGCACAGGUGCUUGUGAAUUCACGGCAUCCAUAGUGUCCAACCUCCUGGUUGAGCGACUAGGCCGCCGCCUGCUUCUCAUAGGUGGCUAUGUGUUCAUGGCUGUCUGGGCAGUGGUCUUCACCGUGGCCCUUUCUCUUCAGGGCAAAGUGGCCGGCAUGCCCUACCUCAGCAUGGCGUGCGUCUUCGCCUACAUCCUUAGCUUUGGCAUGGGUCCUGCUGGAGUGACUGGAAUACUGCCCACCGAAAUCUUUGACCAGAAGUCACGACCUGCUGCGUACAUGAUCGCAGGCUCCAUGAUGUGGAUCAACCUCUUCCUGGUGGGAAUGAGCUUUCCCUUUGUGGUCAACGGUCUGGGUCAGUUCUGCUUUGUGCCCUUCUGUGUGGUCUGUGUGGUCUCUGCCAUCUUUAUCAAGUUUGCCCUGCCUGAGACCAAAGGGAAGACUCUGGCUGAAAUUACUGCAGAAUUUGAUGAGCGCAGUAUAAACGGCUUAUCCAAAACAACACAGAACCAUUUACCAGUACAGGAGACGCAACACAUCAAUGACCUGAAGUUGGAACAUGUGGAGACUGAGACAAUUUGACCAAAGAGACAAAAAUGUGUGUUUUUUACACAUUAGUGUCCAACACGUACUUACCUGGGACUGAAAUAUCAUAUUGUUGCCAGUAUUUCUGAAAUUAAAACAGGGAAAUUGGUGGAUGGAAAUACCACAAAAAAAAUAUUUUUUGUGGUAUUUCCAUCUUACUGACACCUAGAAAUUAUGCUGGAUGACAUCAGGCAGCUGUAAGUAUAUAAAGUCAUAUGUAAAAGUUUAGACAUCCUUUUUCAUAUUACACGUUUUGUCAGUUUUGUGUGAAAAUACUUUUGAGGAAGCAAAGAGAGGUAUGACAUAUUUCUGCAUGUUUUACAAGACAUUAUGUUACUUGUUUAAUGAUAAAACUACUAUAAAAAAAAAUAUUAUGUUUAAUUUAACCGUACUUUCCAGACAAAUUAUAGCAUAAAAGAUAGUGAAAUAAGAACUAUUUCUAUACAGAAAACCAAGUUUAACCUUGACUUUUAUAACUUUGCAAUAUGAUAAGAAAAUGAUAAUGAACUGUUUAAUCUGGAACCUAGAUAUAGAUUGUUCCAAGUAGUGUCCUCAUGGCAAUCAUUCGAUCUGCAUUAACCAUUGUCACAUUUUGCCCCCUCCCCCAUGUUAAAUGAUCCAAAUUAGAAAUAAGCAUGCAUAAAAUUGUGCAGAGAAUUUGUACAUAUAUAUUUUUAGAUGCAAAAUCAGUAAUACAUGUAAUGGGACCAGGGUACACAAACUUUUGCAUAUGACUACCACCAACCGAAAAAAAAAAAGCAAACCAAAAACGUUAGUUUAAUUCUAAUUUAUUCACGAGCAUAUUUAUUGGUCUGUUUAUCAUUAAAAAAAGAACAGAUCUCAAAAUUAAAUUAUUUGCUGAAGUAAAAAAUGGAGAUACAUGUUGCCUAGCAGCAACAAUAUAAGUAAGUUUGUUGGUGCUACUUUUAGUAAACCAGCACUACUGUAAGUAUAGCCUUACAUAGUUUUAGAGGCAUGUUUUAUUUAUGCAUAAACAGGAUGUAAUAUGUAAGACUUGCAAUUUUAUAUUUUGUUGCACUUAAAAGGGACAGAUCUCUAUAUAUAUAUAUUAUGCUAUUUAUAUUCUUAGACUCUGUUCAGAUAAUCUUGUGACAAUCCUGCUGGAACAGAUAUGUACAUGAAUGCACCUUAAGUAGAUCUGCUGGCUACUCAGCCUGAGCUCCUGUAUGUGGGAAUGCUUUCAGUAAUGAUGAAAAGAGAUUUGGAUGUGCUGGAAACACUUGAACUGAAUGUGUGUGUCUGCUUGGUGGAGUUAAUGAAGGGACUAGCAUGAAGGUCCAGUCUAUGUAUUUCAGCCUUAAGAGGUGCUGUGUCUUUUUCCUCUGCUGUUUUCACUGCGAUGGGCAUCUUCCUGGAUCAGGUCACUGGCAUGAGAGCAGUGCCUUUAAGCCUAUUGCACCUAUAACUAUUCAGGCAAUACAGGUUAUUAUUUAUUGUAAAACUAACUGCACUGGAUUGUUGUUGUCUGUAUUUUAGUAUAGAACUCGUCUGUGUUAAAACAAACCACUAUAAUUUUCUGAAGUGUGCUUUCCUGUGUAUAUUGUGAAUGCUUCAGUUUUUACUGUAUUGUAUCAUGAACACAAUCAUUUCAGACUGUACCUCUACACUGUCAGAGAAAAAGGUACUCCAGACAUAGUGUGUGAAAGUGUAAAAGCGUCCACAAAGGGGUCAUUAUCAAAAUAAUGUGCAUUUUUGCCCCAAAAACAGAACGGAACGGAACGGAACAGAAAUCAUAUUUUUACAGCUUAAUUAAUUUAUGUUUUCACUUGCAUGCAUUUGUCACAAUGACAAAUUUUCGCACAAAAAGACAAUUUUCGCACAAAUUUCCCACCCUGUCAUGAUGCUUUCCAUUAUAGGGUGAGAAAUCUGUACGAAAAUUGUCUUCUUGUGUGAAAAUUUGUCAUUUUUCCCUUGAAAAUGCAUUUCUCUACACUAUAUUUAUAAUAAUGUAUUAAAUAGUGAUAUAAUAAUGCAGUAAAUCUUGAAAAAAGUUAUCAUUGCACAUUGUUUAAAUGAAAUGUUAAUAUAUAAAUGCUCGUUAUACUGAUAUUGACCCAAAAUAUAUGAUACAGCUAUGUUCCCUACUAGCCUAAAGGUACUGAAGAUGUACCAAUGGAUGGGGAACUAAGGGCCAAAGUCCAGCACACGUUCCCAGCUCCUGCAUCCCAGCCAUACCUCAAAAUGAUCUGAUGUGUGUUCUCGAGCAGGAAAAUCAUUCUAUCAAACUGUGUGGGAAUCUGGACCAUUUCUCUGGCAGUGUUACUAUCAAACUACCAAAGAUAUACAAUUCAAUCUCAUGUACUGUUAUGUUUUUGUCCAGUAGGUGGCAUUGUGUCCUAAAUAAACUCUUUACCAUGCUUGUAAUCUCCUGAGCACUUUACCAGUGCAUAUGAUCACUGUAGUCUCAUGUGAACAGGGUCACCCUCAGCAUGCCAGUUCACUGCCAGCAGAUGACGUGAUAGCAGGAGCUACCAAGGGUCGACCAGAAGCUCCAAUUAUACAGCCUGUUCUGCUCUUCCUCUUCCAACCUGAUGAUAAAGCCUGUUCUGCUGCUCCUCUUGCAUCUUGUAUGUAAUAUGUAAAUUUCCAUCCUGUUCUCUGUAUACAAAAGCAUAUAUUUACACUAAAAUUAUUCAAUUAUAAAAGUAUAAAGCCAAUAAA